GGUGAUACACCAUACUCUCGAUCACCUGAGCUGCGAGUUUCACACAAGCUUGCGGAACGAAAGCGGCGAAAGGAAAUGAAAGAGCUGUUUGAUGAGCUUCGGGACUCAUUGCCCGUGGACCGUAGUCUUAAAACAAGCAAGUGGGAGAUUUUGAGCAAA